AAUAGGACUAAUAAGUUGGGUAAGCACAUUGUUCUCUCGACACAUUAGGAAUAUCGAGAAAAAACACGCUGGAUUAUUCGAAAAAAAGUAUUUGAGAACAAUCAUCUGUUUGUGACAUGAGGAUGUACAAAUUUUUAGAAUUUUAAUUUAACAUAAAACAGCAUACAGUUUGUGGUUUAAAUAAGAAAAUUGUGUCCAGCAGUUGUAUAUUAUUAUACCACAAUGAAGUGUCACUACGAAGUAUUAGGAGUUGAAAGAAACGCUUCUGACGAUGAUAUAAAAAAGGCAUACAGAAAGCUAGCAUUGAAAUGGCAUCCAGAUAAGAAUCUCGAUAAUCCGAAUGAAGCUAAGGAACAAUUUCAACUUGUCCAACAAGCAUGGGAGAUACUGAGCGAUCCUCAUGAGCGUACUUGGUACGACAAUCAUCGAGAGGCCAUUCUGAAGGGUGGUAUCGGAGAGAAUUACAAGGAUGACUCCAUCAAUCUUUUCCCAUAUUUCUCCGCUACAUGCUUUAAGGGUUAUAAGGAUGAUGAGAAAGGUUUCUACACCAUCUACCGAAAUGUCUUCGAAAAAUUAGCUGCAGAAGACGCCGAGUUUGCUAAAGACAGCGAGUCCGAUGAAGAGAUUCCUAGCUUCGGCGAUUCUCAAAGUUCUUACGAAGACGUAGUACACAAUUUUUACGCUUACUGGCAAAGCUACAGCACCAAGAGAUCCUAUGCUUGGUUAGAUCCUUAUGAUAUACGUAACAUGCCGAACCGACGUAUCCUCAGGCUCGCCGAGAAGGAGAACAAGAAAGUACGCGAGAAGGCGAGACGCGAGAGAAAUGAACAAGUACGCAAUCUGGUCGCCUUCGUCCGAAAACGUGACAAGCGAGUGCAAGCUUACGCAGAGAAGCUGGCUGAGCGUGCUCGCGAGAACUUUCGUAAGACAGAGGAGCGCAGAAAAGCGCAUCUGUUGGAAAGACAGAGAUUAUUGCACGACCACAACGAAUCUGAAUGGUCCAAGUUCUCGAAUAUUGAGGCAGAAUUGAAGAAUAUCGAGGCGAAUCUGACCGCGGAAUUUGGAAUGGAUCAUAAAGAAGCAACUAUGGAAAAUGACAAUACGCUUUAUUGCAUCGCCUGCAAUAAGAUUUUCAAAACGAACAAGGCCUUUAUAAACCAUGAAAAUUCGAGAAAGCAUAAAGAAAAUGUCAGCAAGCUCAAGUAUAUUACAAUAGACGAGGACAGUUCUCGUGAAAGUGAUUCAAGCACAGAAUCAACUUCUCUAAACGGGCCCAAGUUAGCAACAAAUUCGCAGAUGCCAGAUUUCUUACUGAAUCCCGAAAAUGAUAUAAAACCUGAUGAUGAAGAUAAUGAAGAUAUCUCUUCAGCUGAAUUGAUAUCAGAUAAUGAAGAGGAUUCGGAAAAUGAAGAAAGAAAGAAAAAUAAAGAUGUGAAUAAUAAAGAUGUCCCACUAGCUACAGGAUCACAAAUGGAUGAAAGCAUUUCAUUCUCACCUAAGAUAGAAAAUGAAGAUGAUAAUAUAACAUCCGAGGACGAAUUAAUAUCUGAUCAGGAGGAAGAAAUCUCGGUGUCAUAUCAUCAAAAGAAGAAGAAAAAGCGGAAUACUCUGAAUUUACAUCCUAUGAUGGAGCAUGAUGCUAGUGAUGAGGACACAGAGAAUACUAAUGAAGAAAUGUGGUUAUCAAAAAAACAACGCAAAAAAUUACAACAUAAAAAUGUAGUAAGCAGCAUGAAUAAACAGCAAAAUAAGAAUGAAGAGACGCCCAUUAAGGAGAAACAACAGACAAACAGCGAAAAUGAAGUAGCAGAAGAGACAGAAAUUAAUGGAAGCUUGAAAGCCAAUAAGACGAAGAAAACGUGCAGAAAAGAGAAACGAGAAAAUAAAAGUAAAGAUAAAAAGAAUCCAGUCAUGAAUGUUGAUGACUUGGCUCAUUGCUGCGCUACCUGCUCAAUGGAGUUUCCUAGCAAAAAUAAAUUAUUUCAGCAUUUAAAGAAAACUGGACAUUCUGUAUAUAUACCAGAAUUAGUGAAAAAUAAAAAGACUCAGCAAAAAAGAGAAAAGACAACGUCCAAAAGAAAAGACACUUUAGACAAGGGAUGGAGUGAAUUAUCGGAGUAAAUCUCGCGUACGCGCGAAUUAUAGUUAAUUAUUUAAAUUACAGUUUAAUCAAAGUACAUAAUUAAAUUGCAGUUUAAUUUAUUAUGAUUGAUGUGACAGCAUGGCAUAAACAUCAUAAAAAUUGUAUUGUUUAUGUAUAUAUUGUAUAAAGUAAAAAAAUAUUUAAAUACUGUAAUUCGAAUUGUUUGAUGUCGAACUCUUUCUUAGUUCCUUUACGAGUUAUAUUGAUAUGGAAAUGGAAAUUAUAAAUGUGCUUCAACAGGAGCAACGAAAAUUAAAAUUACAUGUCAUCAUAUUGUAAACAUACCACAAAUAAUUUUA